AUGGUCAUGAGAGGCUGGCAUGAAGCAACAGCGCCAGGCCUGCCCGGCAAUUUGCUGCAGGACAAUGAGAACGGCAACAGAGAGACAUCUUACAUCAACAAGAUCAGGCCGCGUGGCCUAAUGGCUAAGGCGCUAGAUUUCGGUCCUCAGCAACUGAUCACUCUAGAGAUUCCAGGUUCGACUCCUGGCGUGGUCGAUGAAUACAGCUGA